GAACACCGCACGAGCAAUCAACAACUCAGUCGGUCUCUAAAAAUGGCCAUGCCAUUUUGGUCAUUUUUACGCACUUCGAUUCUUUUCGCCACCACCUUUUCAUUCUCUCAAACCCAAAUAUUCACAGCCCUGAUUCACAUGACAGAUUUUGUAGUACUGGAACAAACCUUCUAUUCAUAUUUGGAGGAGUAUUUAGAGAAUAACCCUUCUGCUUCGUCCGAAUUUCACCGGUUUGCACACCUUGUCGGCCAACAUGUGAAAGAUAUUGAAGACGACGACAUGGAAGUAUUUCUUGGACAUCCUGUCAAUUCGUAUUUGCUUGUACGCCGUUUUUUACGCGAUUGGAGAAUCGUCAUGGAAGAAUUGGAUGCGACAGAUCCCGUCGCUAAAGGUAACGAAUAAUCUUUCCAGUCCUUUCAACAACAACAAAGAAAGUUUUUGUCAGUAAAUGAAAAUCAUCUUUUUAAUUGAUUGAUCCUAUAGUGUUGGUAAGGACGGAAUUGUUCUUUGUUGUUCUAUUACAGCUAGAUACAUCAUAAUUUCAAGUAAAUACCAAAAUGAUAAUUCAAUUAUGUUGUACAAACAGUUGUCUAUAUUCCUAGUCAGUUUUUAUACAACAAACUGUGAUUUGCACUUUUUUGCAAAGCUGUACAUAUACCCUAUUGAUCUGGCUGAUCCGGAUAGAUUGAAACUAAAAUUGUGAUAAAUAUCGUUUCAAGAACCAUGUGAAGUGAAGGACGCGCGCUGCACUCAAGAGACUACAGAAGACUCUGGUACCAGCUUAUAUCAUUUGUCAAGAAACUUUCAAAGAAGUCACUGCUGCCUAAUGUUACGUUUUUGUGAGAGAACUCUAAAUAUGUGUUUGGAGGAUGCUAAAAUUGGUUAGAAAAAUUACAGUACAUCAUUCAAAUGUAAGCCCGAGACCGCAGACGUAUUUCCGGUUGUCGCUUCUCUCCGAAAGGAGAGAGAUAAGCGACGACCGGAAAUACGUCUGCCAUCGCAGGCUUUUCAAAUGUUCGGUGCUAUAAUUAUCAACUGACCCAUAACCAGUCAUCAAUUUAUCCUUGGUUAGGCCUCAUGAUCAGAUUUCGUGCGUUUUCUGCCUUACUUUCGUACAGCGCUAAUGAGGCGACUUCCACGUUUUGUCCCCAUGUUGUGUAGUUUUAACCACUGAUUAUCGAAAGAACAAACAUUUAGUCAAAAUUGCAAAAGGUUUCGUGAGCUUCUAGCAAGCGAACUAAGACGCGAUGAAUCUGAAGCCGUAGACCAGUUUAGUAUGUAUCCCAAGGCUGUCACAUCGUUAAGUACCAACAUUUCAAAACAACAGUAUCCUCUGCCAUCGAGAAUGUUUUUUUAAUUUUAACAAAACUGAACAAUUUUCAUUUUCCAGAACUCUUUGAGCUUAUUAAAGAACACAACUCCUCUUUUCCGGAUAAGCAAGAUUUACAAGGCUGUGCGUUAGCAAUUCUCCGGAUUCAAGAUGUCUAUAACAUCAGCGCAGAGAGAAUUGCCUCCGGAAAGCUAUCCCAUAAAACACUUAGCCCUGAAAUGGACGCAGCACACUGCCUGGAAUUAGGAUUUAUGAGACAUCAAUGGGAGCAAUACGAGGAAGCGUAUGGAUGGUUAAUAGAGGCCUGGAAACGAAUGAAUCCGCAUGACAAUAGCAGUGGAAUUACAACAAAAGACAUCCUCCAGUAUUUAAUUUGGGCGGAGUAUAAGGUAAUUUAACUAGAAAACUAUAUGUAACUUAGUACAAAAUUAAUUGAGUACCUGGCUUGCAUUGGCCCCUGGGACAGCACUGUGACAUCUUCAUUAACGGCAGGGAGCGAGGCUAACAAUGGGAGGGAAUAUAUAAUUGUUUUCCAGCUGCUGGCAAAGUUCAAAGAGUGGUACCAGCAACUCUGCAUGAGCCACUAUUUAACGUCUCUAACUGAGCUAGUAAAAUAAAACUGUAAAAUAUAUAUACUUAUAUAACGUGUAAUUUCUUUGUACUUGUCUAGUUUUCUAGUAAAUUAUGUAGCCUGGUCUGCCUCGAAUAGCCUCGCUAACUGCAGGCAAAUCCCAAUGUAUCUUUUGUUAUAUUUCCAAAUUUAAAUAAAGUUGAAGAUGAAGUUAAAGUUGAACUAGAGUCAGAGGAAUUUUUAUUCCCUUCCGAUGAAAUAUCUUUCUUUUCUAUGAGUUCGGCACUAAAUACUCCAUCCCGCUUUAAGCUAACUGGGAACAGCAUCGGAAAAGGAGGAAAAGAGUCAAGAUUGCGAGAGAUUAUGCACGAUUCACGCAGUAAAAUCGUUGAUAUCUGGUCGUUUCGCCCGCAGGUUGAUUCGACCGAUGUGUAUUUGUCGUUCUUUAAGCCUGAGAAAAAGGAAUAAUCAUGGGACGACUGUGACUGCACAUGUGGAGUCCAAGGUUAACUUAAAUACCAUCUCGGGGAAGUAAGUCAAUCAUGUUGUAGAUCGUUGUCUAGCCAACGCUUUCGGGCGAACAGACGUUCGGACGAAACGACCUCAAUUCAAUUCGUUUAGGUUAAAGAUCGUUAUUCACUAAUGCAUGUCCACACUGCAAAUAUGUGCCCGAUUUCCCAUUCUUCCUCUUAAUCUCCGGCAUAAUCGUCCUUAUUCCUGGCCAGAGAACAAGCUUCCCUGGGUUGUCGUGGGGUGACGGGGGUGGGGGAGGGAAAAGAGGAGGAGAGACAUGACUGCAAGCUCACCUUCCUUUCUCGCCCCGCCGCCAGAGCGCCCCGGAGAGCUUGCUCGCAGGCUACCUUAUCCCCAUAUCUGGUUAGUUUCAUAUCCUUUAAUUUGCCAUGUUCACAAUGCGUUGUCUGCAAGAUAAACUAAAAUUUCACCGUGUCAUGAUCAGGUAUGAAAAAAACCCUAGCUUACCAUAGUAAUGUAUGAGCUACAAUUUUUUUUUGCACUGGUUCAAUUUAAGAGAAAAUACAUCAGAUAUAUCGAAUAACUUUACUUUCCUCUCCUUCCAGACGGGUAGAAUUGAAAGCGCUCUUAAUCAUACCAACGAAUUGCUCAGAGAAGGUAUGGUACUUUGAUUAACAACCCUCAUCAAGUUAAACCCAGAUACAUGUUUCCUGCCACCUCACAGAAGUUUUGGCGCAAAUUCAUGACACGCGAAACGCUACUCUUUCCCAUCUCCUAAUAGAUAUUUCCAGGGAACAGCCUGGAACCAUUAUAAACCCAAAGGCGCAUUUACAGCCCGUUCACUCGUUUCGGUAGUAACUGGCGGGUCCUUUGCUAGCAUGUGAGUCUUUUUCCCCUAAAAAGUAAACGUACUAUGUUGGUGAGUUCCAAUACACACGAAACAGCUGGCUCUAAGCAUGCGUUAGGUACUUAAAUACUGGCCAUCCCACGGAGUUCCACAAAAGAGUUUGGUUCUGUGGGUAUUUUUUCUUUUUGAGUUUGGUCUUACCGUUAUUUCCAUAGGAUUACUACUCUACGUUGUUUAAUAGGUUUAUUUAAUAUUGCUCUAUUUUAAAAAAUGCAGUAAAGGCGAACUUGCCGCAAGAUUAACAAAUCCAUUCAAGUGACAUUAUAUGUGUUUAGUUUUUGCUUAGAUUUUUUAUUAUUCUGUUUUAGAACCUGACGAUGAAGUAUUACAACAAAACAAGAUGUACUUCGAAGACAGAGUGCAUAAGAUGAAGGAUGGAGAGUUAAGUGAGGACGAAGAGGAAAAAUCUGAUGCUAGCAAAAAAGUAAAAUCAAAAGAAGAAUACAUAUUGCGUUAUGAGCAACUUUGCAGGGGCAAUUCAAGUAAGGUACAAAAAUAUUUUUAGUGUUCUGAACACGCGACCCAUGCAAAAAAAUGUAUCAUCGGAUAAAGUACUAUAAUCAUUAAGGUUACCCACAAUUUGAGGAGCUGUGGAAGCCUAACGAUACAAGAGCGCGAACGGAAAUGUAAGCCAAGCGCGAGAAUUUCAUGAGCGCGAAGAAGGACAAAAAGCGGCCGGCACGGAUAUCCAAAGCCGGCUCAGAAUAUUUUGACCACAGCGGCAUAAAAUGAAGAAGAGGUUAUUUAAUGAAUAGAUAAUAAAUGAAGGUAGAAAGGAAGGAAGGAAUGAUAUCUUUGACGUAUUCGCCAAAACCCUUUGGUUUUUAUAGAGUCAAGCUGACCAAGAUAAGCUGACAUGCUACUACUACGACAAAGAUCCAUUGCUACUCAUCAAACCCGUAAAGGUUGAGAUGGCAAAUCUGGAACCAGAUAUUUACCUUCUACACGACAUCAUCCGAGAUUCAGAUAUUGAAUUUAUUAAAAACCUUGCUGCUCCAAGGGUAGGCUUAUACCAACUUAUUUACGUCACGCUUGACACUUGCUAGAAGAUAGCUUAUAGAAGGACCUUAUCUUUUCUUGAAUAGCACCAUGAAAAGAAACGUUUAACAAGCUUGUUCGUUUUGACCUUUUGCAUUAACGGUGGUACCGUAAAAUUCCGAAAAUAAGCCCCUCCAUGUAUAAGCCCCUCCAAAUAUAAGCUCCCCAAAUUCGUAACGCAAAAAACCCUCUGUUGAAUCGCCCCUCCAAAUAUAAGCCCCCCUGGGGGCUUGUACUUGGAAAUUGCUCUCAAAUCCAAAGUAAAACAAAGUAAAAACGGUAAAUUUCCUUCGAACUAUAAGGCUAGCCCAAUCGAUUUUGAAACGCAAAUUUCCCUCCAUAGAUAAGCCCCUCAAAAAGGGCCUUUAAAAAAUAUAAGCCCAGGGGCUUAUUUUCGGAAUUUUAUGGUAUUUGUUUUUACUGUGUUUAAUUUGGUUUGUUCCUUCCUUUUCAAAAACGCACUUCACUACGUUGACCUUGCGAUUUCCCACAAAAAAGCGCGGGUCUAACCAAUAAAAGUCUACGCACACGAAUAUUCCCUUGCGCGCGGGUACGGAGAGAAAAUCACGUGACCACCUUAAUUUGUCGGCGACACAGUUUUUCUAAGUUAUAGAUCUCGACUGGUGUGUGCCUUUGCUGUGAGCGGGCUUCUGCUACAGUAAGCUGAAACUAAUGAUGAUGAUGAUAAUGAUAAUAAUAAUAAUAAUAGUAAUAAAUUGUCUAAAUUAUUGAAUAGUAAUAAUAAUAAUGAUGGUGAUGAUGAUGAUGAUGAUAAAUUAUCUAAAUUUUUCAUUAUUUAUGCAUUGUCUUAGCUUCAGAGAGCUACUGUUACAAACAGAAAAACUGGGAAUCUGGAAUUUGCUGAUUAUCGGAUCAGUAAAAGGUAAAAGAGUUUAAGACAAUCAUACUCCUGUAUAUGUGCACAAUAAUAAAUAUUUAAAAAACAAUCUUCCUCACAGCUUAUUGAUUGAAGUUUGUUUAUUUCCUACUAACCCGGAAAUUCCAAUGUUGUAUUUCCUAACCACUCAAAACCUCCUAUUAUCUCAGUGGAUGGUUAGAAGAUUACGAAGGAGAAGUCAUUGAACGGCUGAGUUUAAAGUUAGAGGCUGUGACAGGAUUGUCAACUGCCAGAAUUCACAGUGAAGCGCUCCAGGUAAUACAAUCUCAUUAGUAAACAAACAAAAACUAAACAAGCAAACAAACAAACCAGUAAAAAACUUAUACCUAAGGAGAAGAACGUAAGGUUGUUUUUAAAGAGAGACAUUGGACAGCUUUUCAUUUAUUGAGAACAGUCUCUAGCUUUUAGGCUUUCUUCCUACAAACCUGAGAGUUACUGGGGAUAUAUACUCAUAACGGUGUGGUCUGUUACUUAAUUACAUUCCAUAAAACAAUGUUAGCCUAAUAUUUAAUUUUACCAAAUUAGUUUAUUUAAAGAACUUAAUAGAAGUGCUCCUAAAAUGAAAGAGUGCACAGCUAAUGGAAAGUGAGCUUUCUCAGAAUUGUAAUUCAGUCUUAAGGUACCCACUUGCGGUUUCAGCAAAGCAUAAAUUAUCUAUUAUCAAUUUACAGGUUGUUAAUUACGGUAUUGCUGGACAAUACGAACCACACGUGGAUCACGCUAUGGUAAACAUCCAACUCUUUAGCAGUUUCUAAAUUUUUAGUUAACUCAGUCAGGUCACAUUACACAAAAAUAUCUCAUCUAAAAGUGAACACCUCGCUAAGGAUGUCCGGCAUACUUUUACCAUGGUAGUACUUGCCUAGUUCCCAGACCUAGUUAGUCCGCACGGACUAUAUUUUGUGCCAUUCAUUUCGGAUACUGGAUCGAGAUAAUUGAAUGAGAAGUCCUGGGAAAAUGUUUUACAGGACAAGUUAAUGGUAUUUUCAAGUUUGAAGAUGUUUAGUUUAAGCUUAUACGUUUUAAAAUUAUAAUAACUCUCUGAUGAUUUUAUGCAAGUUAGGUUCUGGGUUAAUACUGCACAAGUUUGAGAUAUAUCAUAUACUCUUCCUCUGUAUUUGGUUCAAGCUCUUAUCUGAUUCAUGAUGUUAGGAUGCAUGACGUAGGACUAAACUGAGAAAACAGCCGACGUUUUGCGACACCACCACUGGUUUCCCCGCGAUGUGAAAUCUGAGAAACGAGCAUACUGAUGACGCGUCACUACGCACAACUGGGAAGUGAUUCUGAUUGGUUGAAGCAAAUUUCCCACGCGGCACGACCAAUCAGAGGUAAGCACUACUCAGAUCUGGCUUGCGACACGUUAUCAGUAUGGAGUUUGUGUGCUCGUUUCUCGGACGUCAUUUCGCGGCCGGGGAAACCGCGUCGCGAAAUGACGGCUGUUUUCCGGCUCAGGCUAACGAAGGACUAUAGACAUAUAUUUGUUGACAGGUUUUUAUUUCCUUUUAAAAGAGCAACAAAUCAGCUAUUCUCAGAAUGGGAAUGGGCAAUAGGAUCGCCACCGUUUUGAUAUAUGUAAGUAUCCCAUAUUAAAGUAGGCACUUUAUUUGAGUGUCAAUGUAUUAAGCACGAAAGUACUACUUCUACUUCUCCUACUGGAGACAGGGCCACCAUUUUACGUGGUCAUCCGAGCCACGUGAAGGUAUAGCCGUUUGCUCGCAGGGCAAAGUUAGUACCUUUAUUUCUCAGCUAUUUUAAGACCCUGAGUAUUGGUCCUGCUCCGGGAAUCGAAAACUCAACCUCCCUCUCUGCAAUCAAUCAUCAAGCGCUCUACCGACUGAGCUAAUCCUGCCGCGGUUGGUUAUAUGUAUAUAUCUGUCUUCUUGGCUAGUCUAUCAGUGAGGAUAUGAAAUGAGAACAUAUGACAAAAUCACCUUUGAUAUGAGCUUUGGGUAGAAAUACAGCAGUAAAUAUUUGUUGUGUACUCUCCGUUGCACAAUCCAAAUAAACUUGGAAGUUUUUAAAAUCUUGUUCGCUCAUCAUUUUAGCGUCUUUUGUAUGUUUCCUUAGAUGACAGAUGUGGAAGCAGGCGGUUCCACCGUUUUUCUAGAUGCAAAAACUAUAAUCAAACCGCAAAAGGUGAUUAUUAUAUAACAAACAAAUCGUUUGUACCUGGUAGAACUGAUUGUAAAGAACUAGAAAAGCGUUGUUAAGAAUACUUUCUCUAGGGUUGUUAAUCGUGAUUUGCUUGGUCAAAAGACAUGUGAAUGAAAUUCUACAUGGACAGUGCGCUUGAAGUGAGCGUUUUUCUCGGUGCAAUUCGUUAAAAAAUUAUUGAAUUGGGUAGCCUAUUCCAAGCUCCAAGAUAUUAAUGUUUAGAGAUCGCAAGGCGCUAUACCUCCCCUUCCCCAGACCACGCGUGUCACAUUUUCGCUUGGCUUGUUUCGCACGCGACCUCUCUACUAUUAAGAGCCUGGCACAGGCUAUGAAUUGGGUAUAUUGGGGAUAUGCCUUAGUCAUUAAUUAUUCAUAACUUUGUUUGGUAGGGCACUGCUGCCUUCUGGUACAAUCUUCUCAAAUCAGGAGAGCCUGAUGCAGCGACACUACAUGCAGCCUGUCCAGUUAUAGUUGGCACAAAAUGGGGUGGGUAUACAUACUCAUCAAUGAUGGCUUCAGGUUUUCUCCUCUGAAGAGGCUUCUUUGUGUCAAGGAGGACUAGGGAGAGGAAAAAUUCACCAUUUUCACAUAGACCACAAUGCACCUUGUUUACUCCGCCUUCCCUUAACUCCACCCACCAAAAAAAAUACAUAACCAUUGUCUUUGAUUCUUCUUGGGACGACUGUAAUACCUACGAGACAAAAAGGGAAAAAAAAUGUUAGUGCAAAGUUUUGGUGAGGGGAAGGGGGGGUGGCUAACAAGUCGCGUUAUGGUCUAUGUUAAAUGGUGAAUGAAAGCGCGCGGGGGACUACAUCGUCCAGCGAGCCCUUACUUUUUUUCAAUUACUGCUAUUAUAUUGCUAGUAUAGAAUAUCUGGGGGGGUCUGUAGUGGAGAGAGGGCCAGGUAACGAACAGAGUCUUUUGGCUGUCUGGUGGCUAUUUGGUCAAUAGCCCAGUAGUCAUGCAAUGUGUUCCUCAGUUCCUACUUCAAAUAUUUGCAAAUGACGUAUUUUCCUUUCUUUUAGUGUGCAACAAGUGGAUUCACGAAUAUGGGCAAGAGUUCCGACGGAGAUGUGGCAAAACUCCUGAAGAAGAGUAA